AUGGCGCAGGUUCAGGGUUCGCAGGCGAUUGCUGCAGCAAAUAGUGCGUUGGCGGUCAACAAUUUGGCCAAUUCCGGGAUGGGUCGGUUCGCGACCGGCGGGAAUACGCCUGUCGGGAGUGCUGGCAACAGCAACAACAACACAAAUGUGCCGAUUACUUCGAACAUCGUGGCGGUUAACAACCAUGUUGCGCAUCAGGCAGGCGGAGUCAAUGGGUUUGGGGCACGUGACGACUCUACUAUUGUGGGAUUGCAUUAUCGGAUCGGUAAGAAGAUCGGUGAAGGGUCCUUUGGAGUGCUGUUUGAGGGUACGAAUAUGAUCAAUGGGCUGGCUGUGGCGAUCAAGUUUGAGCCCAGAAAGACCGAAGCUCCGCAGUUGAAGGACGAGUAUAGGACUUAUAAGAUUCUUUCGGGCACGCCCGGGGUACCACAGGCUUACUAUUUUGGUCAAGAAGGUCUGCAUAACAUUCUGGUGAUCGAUCUGUUGGGGCCAUCAUUGGAGGACUUGUUCGAUUGGUGCGGUCGCAGGUUCUCGGUCAAGACCGUGGUUCAGGUGGCGGUGCAAAUGAUCACUUUGAUCGAGGACUUGCAUACCCAUGAUUUGAUCUAUCGUGAUAUCAAGCCGGAUAAUUUCCUGAUCGGAAGACCCGGUCAGCCCGAUGAAAACAAGGUUCACUUGAUCGACUUCGGCAUGGCUAAACAGUACCGUGAUCCAAAGACGAAGCAACACAUCCCAUACAGAGAGAAGAAAUCUUUGAGUGGCACGGCCAGAUAUAUGUCCAUUAAUACACAUCUCGGGAGAGAGCAGUCCCGCAGAGAUGAUAUGGAGGCGAUGGGUCAUGUAUUUUUCUACUUUUUAAGAGGUCAAUUGCCAUGGCAAGGUUUGAAAGCCCCCAACAAUAAGCAGAAGUAUGAGAAAAUUGGUGAAAAGAAGAGAUCGACAAAUGUUUACGAUUUAUCACAAGGUUUACCCAUACAAUUUGGUCGCUAUUUGGAAAUCGUUAGAAAUCUCUCCUUUGAAGAGACGCCAGAUUACGAAGGUUAUCGUAGGUUGUUGUUAUCCGUGUUGGACGACUUGGGUCAAACGGCGGACGGCGAAUACGAUUGGAUGAAGUUAAAUGGCGGUCGUGGUUGGGAUUUGGCCAUUAACAAGAAACCCAAUCUACAUGGUUACGGUCAUCCAAAUCCGCCAAAUGAGAAAUCAAGGAAACAUAGAAGUAAGUUCUCUGCUAACAAUCAUCACCAAACGAACCAGAUAAGUCAACAGCAGCCACAAUUAGCACAACAGCAGCAAACACAACAACAACAGCAGCAACAACAACAAGUUCAGCAAGCACAACUUCAACAACAAUUGAAUCAAAGAAAUCAAAUACCUUCUAACCAAUUGCAACAUGCUCAACAGCAGGAAAUGUCGGAUCAUUACCGUCCAGGCCAGAAUCAAUUUGCUAACAAUUUAGAUCCAACAUCAUAUGAAGCAUAUCAACAGCAAACUCAGCAAAAGUAUGCUCAACAGCAGCAGCAACAGAAACUGAAAAACAAUCAACAGGGACCAAAUUCAUAUCAAAAUAAUCGCGGUCCAAACAAUUACCGUUCGUCUCCACAGGUGGUGACCAAUAAAUAUCAAUAUCAAGAGCAACCAACAACGAAUCCAUUACAACAUGAUGGAUCCAAGAAUGGUGGAGAUCAAGGUUCCGCUGAGAGUGCCAAAGGUUUCUUCCGUAAACUGGGCUGUUGCUGA